AACAGCUGCGCGUUUGAGGGUGCUGUGAGAAACCGGAAGUGCGCGUGUUUAUAAUCUGCUGCACGGAGCGAUGGCUGACGACGAGACCGUCAAAACGGAGGCUUCACUCCCUGUGGCCACGAAACCCCGUACUAAAAAAGCCCCAGAGCUCCCCAUAUUAGAGAGGAGGAACUGGCUCAUCCAUCUACACUACAUCCGUAAGGACUAUGAGACAUGCAAGGCGAUUGUAAAAGAGCAGCUGCAGGAGACUCAGGGCAUGUGUGAAUAUGCCAUAUAUGUCCAAGCUCUGAUCCUACGUGUAGAGGGGAAAAUCCAACAGUCUCUAGAGCUGUUUCAGAGCUGUGCCAUCCUUAACCCCACCAGCUCAGACAACCUCAAACAAGUGGCUCGCUCCCUGUUUCUCUUAGGGAAACAUAAGGCUGCCAUCGAGGUUUACAAUGAGGCGGCUCGUCUCAAUCAGAAAGACUGGGAGAUCAAUCAUAAUCUCGGAGUUUGCUACAUCUACACUAAAGACUUCAAAAGUGCUGAGGAGCAUCUGAACAUGGCGUUACAGCUUAACAAGCAUGACAUGACUUACAUGAUGCUGGGAAAGAGCUACCUAUUACAGGGGGACACAGAGAAGGCCAUUGAGAUCUACAAGAGCGCAGUGGAGUUUUCGCCAGAGAACACGGAGUUGCUGACCACACUGGGACUCUUAUAUAUGCAGCUCGGAAAAUAUCAGAGGGCCUUCGAACAUCUUGGAAAUGCUUUGACAUAUGACCCAAACAAUUACAAGGCCAUUUUGGCAGCAGGAAGCAUGAUGCAGACACAUGGGGAUUUCGAUGUGGCCAUGAAUAAAUAUCGUGUGGCAGCUUUCACUGUGCCUGAAAGCCCUCCACUCUGGAAUAACAUCGGCAUGUGCUUCUUUGGCAAGAAGAAAUAUGUAGCUGCUAUAAGCUGUCUGAAGAGAGCAAACUAUCUGUCUCCAUUUGACUGGAAGGUCUUGUAUAAUCUGGGUCUGGUGCAUCUCACCAUGCAGCAGUACGCUUCAGCCUUCCACUUCCUCAGCGCUGCUAUUAACCUGAAUCCACGCAUGGGAGAGCUCUACAUGCUUCUCGCUGUUGCCCUGACCAAUUUGGAUGAUGUAGAAAAUGCACGCAGGUCAUACGAGCAAGCUGUUCUACUUGAUGAAUCCAACCCUCUGGUGAAUCUGAAUUUUGCAGUGCUCUUGUAUAAUCAGGGAGACAAGAAGACAGCACUGCAGCAGUACCAGGAAAUGGAGAAAAAAGUCAACAUGCUGAUAGAGCGCAACAGCAACACCGAGUUUGACCCUGAGCUCGUAGAGAUGGCUCAUAAAAUGGGUGCAGCCCUUCAGGCUGGGGAAAAUUUAUUCUGGCCAAAAUCAGGCAAAGAAUCCAAAAGCAGCCAGCGCUCAUCUUCCAGCAAGCCGUCCUCUUCCCAGCAGCCCCUGGGCUCCAAUCUGGCCUUGGGCCAGGCCAUGUCAUCAGCUGCAGGCUACAGCAAAAGCAUACAGCUGGCUGCAGAGCCAGAUGUGGAGAGUGCACCAGCGCCCCCCUCUGAACCUCCAGGAGAGGCUGAAUGAUGGUGAUGAUGCAGAACUUCACAAAGCCAAGGAGAAGAAGAAGAGCAAACCCAGAGCAGUGGCAGAGUAGAGUUUCCCAAGCAUGGACAAAUGCUAACUGCUACUCUGAGAACAGUUUGCGUGAGCUUUAUAUAGUAUUUGUGUCCUAUGAAUGUAUAGUGUAUUUAUUUUUUUUAGACAUAUGUACAGAGUUUUUGCAUUAAGAUCUGUCUGCUGAACUAUUGCUCCGAUGCAUUCUUGGUUGUUUUUUUCCUAGUUCACUUGGUGAUAUCAGUCAUACUACAGGAACAGCUCAGGACAGAUUCGAUUUUUUGGCAUGUUAACACUAACAGGGUUUUAAUAUUAUAGAGAACCAUGCGUUACAUUGAUUUUUAUCAGUUUUGGAAAUGGAUUCUGAAAUGCAAAUAUGCAUUACAUUAAUGUAGAUGCUUUACCAACCUUUGUAUCUGAGCUAAGUUGGAAAUAAACAAGUUCUGCUGUUUGCA